GAAACCAAGCAUGGCGGAUAGUAUGGGGAAUGAAAGUACAACAAUGGAGAAUAACGAGGAAUUGAAGGAUCCCUCUUCUAUAACUGACGACGACAAGAAAAAGGCAGAGGAGGUCAAAGAACAAGCCAAUACUUAUUUCAAGAAUGAAGAUUAUACAAAGGCAAUUGAACAGUACACAGAAGCUAUUAAACUCAACCCUUUUGUAGCAGCAUACUUUGGUAACAGGAGCUUUGCUUAUUUACGAACAGAGUGUUUCGGUUAUGCACUGUCAGAUGCAUCUAAAGCUUUAUCAUUGGACAAAAAUUACUUAAAGGCAUAUUACAGAAGAGCAUCUGCUAAUAUGGCACUGGGAAAGUUCAAACUGGCUUUGAAAGAUUUUGAAGCUGUUACCAAAGUGCGCCCUAGCGACAAAGAUGCCAAAAAUAAAUAUGAAGAAUGCAAUAAAAUUUGCAAGCGACUGGCAUUUGAAAAAGCUAUAGCUAGUGAUGAUGGAAAAUGUUUGUCAGACACAAUUGAUAUAGAGAGUUUAGCAAUUGAGCCAAAUUACGAUGGUCCUCAUUUAGUGGAUGGAAAAGUGACCUUGGAGUUUAUUGAUAAUCUUGUUGUUGCAUAUAAAGAGCAAAAGAAAUUGCCGAAAAAAUAUGUGUGUCAGAUAUUAAUACAAGCAAAAAAGCUUUUUAGUGAACAGGAUUCUCUUGUAUAUAUUGAAGUUCCAGGGAAAUCAAAAUUUACUAUUUGUGGUGAUAUACAUGGGCAAUAUUAUGAUCUACUAAACAUCUUCCAGAUGAAUGGAAAACCAUCAGAGGAUAAUCCAUAUCUAUUUAACGGGGACUUUGUUGAUAGAGGAUCUUUUUCUGUUGAAUGCAUCAUGACUCUACUCAGCUACAAACUUCUUUACCCUAAACAUUUUUUCAUGGCAAGAGGUAACCAUGAAAGCUUAACAAUGAACCAAAUGUACGGCUUUGAGGGAGAAGUCAAAUCAAAAUAUUCAUCACAGCUUUGUGAACUCUUUACAGAAGUAUUUAACUGGUUACCACUAGCCCAUUGUAUAAAUAAGAAAAUAUUAGUUAUGCAUGGUGGCCUGUUCUCCUCUGAUGAUGUCACACUGGAUGAUAUUGCCAAAACAUAUCGUAACAAACAGCCCCCAGACAAUGGUAUAAUGUGUGAAUUGCUCUGGUCUGAUCCACAACCUCAGUUAGGACGAGCACCCAGUAAAAGGGGAGUAGGAGUUCAAUUUGGACCUGAUAUAACAAAGAAAUUUUUAGAAAGAAACAAGUUAGAUUAUGUUGUUAGGAGCCAUGAGGUUAAGAAUGAAGGCUAUGAAGAAAUGCAUGAUGGUAAAUGUAUUACCGUCUUUUCUGCACCCAAUUACUGUGAUACAAUGGGGAACAAAGGUGCUUUUAUCAACAUAACAGGGGACAAUCUAACACCAAAGUUUACAACAUAUGAAGCUGUUCCACAUCCGAAUGUCAAACCAAUGGCCUAUGCAAAUCCGUUUUUUGGAUUAUUUUAGUUUAUACAUGCUUUAGAUGCUGUUUUCCAUAUGAAUGAAAGAUAAUGUAUUUUGGUUUGUGUGAUUUAAUCUAGUGUUUUUAAUAAAUCCGUUUUAUUAUAACAUAUUGUGGAAGUUUUGAUUGAAAGGAAAUAAUUUGUGUAUACAUACUCAUUUGUUGAAAUAAAUUGUAAUUGAUGUAAGGUUUUAUUAUUUUCUUAUUUUGCUUUACAGUUAUUACAUGAGACAAGCUUUUGGCUGUUAUUGUUAAAUUAGGUAUUACAUAAUCAGUGCAAAGUUGCACAUUGUCCUGUCUAAAAAAGUAACUAUGUUUAAAUUUUGUGUUUUGACCACAUUAAAUUUUUUUUUUUCAUUUCUAAAAGUUUACAUAUCUGUGUAUUAAAAUGCAAGGAUUAGCAUCAACACAAAGCAUUUUGUUAAGUAAUCAUCUCUUGACAAUUCUGAAUACUGGGUGCGAGUGUGUUAGUCAAAUACAGGCAUUGUAUACACAAUCAAAUAAAUAUAAAUAUCUUCUAAUGCAGCUCUGGGUUAGUUUUAAAUGUGGAAAUGAAAGAUAUUGUAAAAUUUGUUUACAAAAUGUCAAAUAUUUUUAAAUUUAUUUAAAAUGUAGAAUCACCUUUUGUGAACAUCUAUAACAAAUGAAAUUUUAUAUGUUCACAAAUAUUAAUAACACAUUUUUUUUUUAUAGGUUAAAAAAUCGUACCUAUUUUUUAAAUCCCCAAUAAUAUCAAAAGUUAUUAAUACAACCACUUAUGAAAUCUCAGUUCUGUUUUUAGUUACUAUGUAAUUAAAUAUUGAUGACAUUACUUUUUCUUAAGUAUUAGACUGACAUAUUUUGGCUAGAGGUGAUCUCAGGACAAAUUUUGGCUGUGCUAAUAUCUAGCACUCUCUGCCCACUUCAGUUUUUUAAGUUAGCUUUAUGAAUGCAUUAAGUAUAUCAUGUCUGAUCAAAACAUUGCUCAUUGUAUCUUAUAACCAUUAACUAUUAAAUGAUUGAAGAUUUUU